CUCCUUUCACCUAUCGAAUAUUUAAUAUUGAUAAUCGCCGUACUAUCGCGAAGUCGUCGUCAAACGUUGCGUUAGUUUCUCGUAUUGUGGUGUCUGCGGCGCGUGGAUGUUGAAUUAUCGCGGACGGAAGCCCCGUUCUUUAGUUUAGUAGGUGAAUGAGGGAACAGGUUUUUUUUGAGUCGAGGACGCAAGAGGCUAGCUCGGUUGGGUCAGAUCUUCACUUUUGUCGGUUCCUCAUUCUUGUCGCGCGUCGCACCGUCUACGGGUUUGCUAAACGUUGUAAUAUGUGCAAAUAAUGGGUGCGUAGUACGACUAACUCAAUUAGUGGGCAGGCGCGGCCGACUCGCGCUCACUAGUUUCACUUACGGUGCCGUGUUUGUGUAUCUGUAUGUUAACUUUUCUUGUAUUUGGAUUGCAGUGUUGUGACUUUUCCUUGUGCCAGAUUGUCUAACGAAAGUUUCUAGGCGUAAUAAACUACGUGAUUAGACAUUGUGUGUGAUAAUUCUGAUGACAGAAACACUUUUUAAAAAUGAGGUUUCAAUUGAGUUGAAGCCUAUUAGAAGCAAUUAGUGCGUAUUAGUGGGCCUAAUUAAUAUUAAUACCUGUUUUGAGCCUGUCUGGCAAGAAUUUGAACGAUGCGCAGAGGCAGAGUGGCGGUGUGACACGAUGUGCAAGGACGGAUGAGGCGCCGGCGCGCGCUCACGCGACGCGCAAUCUAGCAACAUGUCGUUCUUUAAUAAUCUUAAAAAGGUGCUGCACCUAGGCAGCGGCAACGAUGCCAGGAAGAAGAAGGUGUUCAACAACAUCCGCGACAACAGCGACCCCUCGGACAACUGGGACAUGGUCGGCGAGCUCGGCGAUGGCGCGUUUGGGAAGGUAUACAAAGCCCAGCACAAGACGACCGGCCAGCUCGCCGCCGCCAAGAUGUGCGUUCUGGACAACGAGGACGACCUCGCGGACUUCACCGUCGAGAUCGACAUCCUGUCCGAGUGCCGGCAUCCGAACGUCGUCGAGCUGCACGAAGCUUACUUCAUCGAUAAUAAGUUGUGGAUGCUCCUCGAGUACUGCGACGGUGGCGCCCUCGACUCGGUCAUGGCGGAGCUCGAGAAGGGUCUCAGCGAGCUGCAGAUAGCGUACGUGUGUCGCGAGAUGUGCCGCGGCCUUCAGUUCCUGCACUCGCGCCGCGUCAUACACCGAGACCUCAAGGCGGGGAACGUGCUGGCGACCAUGACCGGGGGCGUCAAGCUAGCGGACUUCGGCGUGUCGGCCAAGAACAAGUCCGACGCUGCAGAAACACGACACGUUCAUCGGGACCCCGUACUGGAUGGCGCCGGAGGUCGUGCCUGUGUGGACAUCUGGUCUCUAGGCAUCACGUUGAUAGAGUUCGCGCAGAUGGAGCCGCCCAACCACGAGAUGACGCCCAUGAGGGUACUGCUCAAGAUACAGAAGAGCGAGCCGCCCGCCUCGACCAGCCCUCCCGCUGGGGAAGGCCUUCAACGACUUCAUAGCCAGGGCGCUCGUCAAGAAAAGGCGACGGCGGUGGAACUCCUGAAACACGAGUUCGUGAGCGGUAACCUCGACUCGAAGCCGUUGCGAGACCUGCUGCUGGAGUACAGGGCCGAGGUCGUCGAGGAGGAGGUCGUGGAUGAUGAUAGCGAG